AUGGCAUCGAAUUCACCGGAUAAUGAAACGCCUAGCGAGCGGCCCUCCAAACGGCGCCGUGUAGCCAUCGCCUGUGAUGCGUGCCGAACCCGCAAAUCCCGAUGUGACGGCAAGCGGCCCAGCUGCUCGUUAUGUCAGGAUUUGGGCUUUGAAUGUGUUUACACGCCGCCACCAACAGCCGCUAACGUUAUCGUGCAGAAAGACUAUCUGCAUGGGCUUGAGGAUAGGGUAAAAAGGCUUGAGGAGUCGUUUGGAGCUGUGAGGGGUGAUUUGGACGGGUUGGUGAAAAGGGUUGACCAUGGGCCCGAAAGGGAAAGGGACAGGGAGUCCGCCAUGUCCGGUCGAAAUUAUGGGGAGAGUCAAGAUGAGACGAGAAUCGCUGCAACGAUGCCUGGCUUGAUUGGGACGGAGGAUUCAGUCGAUGGUAUGGGUGCGGUGAUUUUUGCUGACGAGGAGGAUUCUGGGUUCUUUGGCCCUUCUUCAAAUAUUGCAUUUCUUCGACAUUUGUCAAGCGCUAUUGUCCAACCGGGGUAUUUCCCUUCACCUGGCGCUGCUGAGGGUGGCUUCGUGAAUGCAUCGAGACCAUCAUCGCCACUACGUCAGGCAGGUCAAAACCAGCGUGUCCAAGUGAACAUUUUUGCUUUACCCCCGCAGGCGAACACUUUGGAGCUCAUCGAACGCUAUUUCUCUAACACGGGCUUACUAUUUCCUUACAUAUACCCACCCGUGUUCCUGGAAACAUAUCACCAGAUGACAAGGGAGAACUUCAGUCGGGUACGGAGAACCUGGCUUGGCUUGUUGAACAUGGUUCUGGCUAUGGCUACUAUUACUGCGAUUCCUGGAAGUGCGAGCGCAGAUGCUCGGAUCGAAGAAUCAGAUGUCUUCUAUCAGCGUGGCCUUGGCUUGUGUGGGAGUGAAAUCUUGCGAGGGACAACCCUAGAAGUGGUUCAAUAUCUGCUUCUGAUGGGUCAAUACCUCCAAGGCACGCAAAAGUCAAUACAAGCAUGGACCGUCCACGGAUUAGCUGUCAAAGCCGCUCUUCAGCUUGGACUACAUUCGCGCCAUGCGUCCAAAUUAUUUUCCCCGAUCGAGCAAGAGAUGCGAAAGCGGACUUGGUAUGGCUGUGUGGUUUUAGACCGAACUCUGAGCAUGACUUUCGGCAGACCAGCAGCCAUUCCAGAUAGUUAUGUCAAGCUCGAGCUGCCCACGAAACGGGAAUUUGAAAACUCAACGGGACUUGUCGAUGACGAGACAGCGGCCUUGAGCGUUGCAUUCUUCAACGCGACAAUUGGACUAUAUAAGCAGCUUUGGAACAUUCUAGAGCUUCUCUACGGCCAAAACAUCGGCUGCGAUGGUCCAUUACCAGUCAGCGAAACCGUGGCCCAUAUCUUCAGCUUGGAACAGCAUUUGUUCUCCUGGGAACGGUCGCUCAUCCAUCCAUUACAACUUAUAUCGUUGGCUAACAUUAAUGAUCUGCCUCAUGACCAGAUGUCGUCCAAUUCCCAAUAUCUCUCGUUGAAGUUUCAAGUCAUUCUCACCUUGAGAUAUCUUAAUCUUCGAGUCUUGCUACACCGCCCAAUAUUGGUCAAAUUCAUCACAGCAAGCAGGUCCCCUGAUCGUGAUCCUCAAGAUAUGAGGUUGUUGCAGCAGAUCGGUAUGAAUAGUUUGCAGAUAUGCGCAGAUUCCGCAAUGGAGAUUAUUGAUAUCGUACACCGGGUGUUAUCAGAACCUGGAUGGAAGCGCAACCUCUUGGGAGCUUGGUGGUUCUCAUUAUACUACACUUUUAACGCGGCACUGGUCCUCAUCGGAGUUAGUUGGGUCUACCGUGAUUCCAGCCUAACAAACUCCCCAAUGACAGACCAAGCAAGUAAAGCCAGACAAUAUCCUGGUCGUGCAGUAGCAGCACUGUCCAGGCUCGAUGAAGGAAACCGAUUGAUCGAUCGAUGUCGGUAUUACUUGGAACAGUUCAGCAAGGUCUUGAACGAUUCUGGUCAGUCUCCUUUCCCUCGUCUUCGUGUUACUGAGAUUAUACUAACAUUAGUCUAUCCAGAAACGAACUUCGAUGCCUCUACUACAACCCUUCCCGCUCUUCAUGGUACUCGAGCCGGUCUCACAGGGGACGACUUCAGUCUCUCGCCAUUUGGUAUGGAGCUUGGUGAGUUCAUGAUGGAUGGGGAUCUUGUCACGAUGAUGGAUCGCCAGGGACUUCUUCCCGUAGAUCCUGAUUCUGCCUUCACUGCUUGA